AAAUGGUUAAAGUUCAGGCAAAUAAUGAAGAGAUUCAGCAGUUACAUGUCAGACCUCAACCCUCGGUAUCAGCUCCAAGCCAUCAUCCGAACAAGUGUCCCCUGAAGUGAAGUGGACCCAGUGCGGAGCCAGGAGGGACCUCUGGAUGAUGAUCUGCUGAGGCCUCACUAUGAACCUGUACACCACAGCCUUGUGCUUCGGGGCUCUCCUCUGCACUGUUCCAGCGAGUGCUUCAGAAGUAGAGGGUUACUCCAAAACUGAAGGCGCUUGGAUCCUGUCAUUGCAUAAAAGGCUGUACUCUGUAAACACAGUGGCUGAAUGUGCUGCUAAAUGUGAUGCCGAGAAUUCCUUCACAUGCAAGUCUUUUAUAUACGUGGAGAAGGACCAGGAGUGUUGGACCGCUGAGGCCAACUCCAAAACAGAAAUGGUCCUGAGAAGAAGCAGCACUGCAUAUUAUGAGAAAAAAGAAUACCUUCUUGAGUGUGUGAAUGGAAUAGGGACAGACUACAGAGGGACUAAGGCCACUACAAAAUCAGAAAAGACCUGCCAGCGAUGGGAAGCCAAGACACCUCAUGUCCCAAACAUCACACCCCAGUCCCAUCCUCGGGCCGACCUGGUCUCAAACCACUGCAGAAACCCAGACGGAGACAGUGGGGGGCCCUGGUGCUACACCACAGACCGCAACACACGUUGGGAGCAUUGCAAUGUGCCCAGCUGCACAGAGGAGUGCAUCCACUGCAGUGGUGAGAACUACAGAGGGAAGAUCUCCACCACAGAGAACGGCUUCACCUGUCAGCGCUGGGACGCCCAGAAACCACACAACCAUGGCUACAUCCCCAGCGCGCUCCCAGAUAAGUAUCUUGAGGAGAACUACUGCAGGAAUCCAGACGGAGACCCUCGGCCCUGGUGCUUCACCACCAGCGCCUCCAAACGCUGGGACUUCUGCUCCAUCCCACGCUGCGCUUCUGAACCCCCGACCAUCGUGCCCGAACUCACCUGUGCUUCAGGUGAAGGCACUUCCUACAGAGGAACCAUUGCAGUCACAGAGUCUGGAAAAACCUGCCAGAGAUGGUCCUCCCAAACACCACACAAGCACAACCGCACCCCCGACAACUACCCCUGCAAAGGUCUUGACAACAACUACUGUCGUAACCCAGACAACGAAAGACAGCCCUGGUGCUACACGUCAGAUGCCGAGACUCGCUGGGAGUACUGCAGUGUGCCCAGCUGCAGUAAUGCCCCCGGGCCCCCAGAUGAGCCCAUGAUCCCCCCGGAGGAGGACGACUGUUACGAGGGCAAUGGCAGCUCGUAUCGAGGCGUCACCUCGGAGACUGUAAGUGGAAAGAAGUGUCAGGCCUGGAGCUCCACGAGUCCACACAGCCACCAGAAGACCCCUCAGAACUUCCCCAGCGCGGAUUUGAAAAGGAACCUGUGCAGGAACCCAGAUGGAGACCGGGCUCCUUGGUGUUACACCAUGGACCCCGCUGUCCGCUGGGAGUACUGCAACCUGGAAAAAUGCUCCAGCAACCCCACCAAAGCUCCACCCAGACCACCCAGACCCUCCCAGAUCCCAGAGACACCCACAGGCCCUGAACGAGACUGUAAGAUUGGAAGUGGAAGCACAUAUCGUGGUCCCACAUCAAUGACUGCAGCAGGAGUGACCUGUCAGGCCUGGAGCUCUCAGACCCCUCAUACACACAACAGCUUUACCCCAGAGACACACCCCACCAAAGGGCUGGAAGGAAACAGCUGCAGAAACCCAGACAAUGAUGUGAAUGGUCCCUGGUGCUACACGACAGACCGCAAUAAGAAAUGGGACUACUGCCAGAUCCCAGACUGUGCUGGUUUGAACUGUGGGAGCCCAGCGAUCAAACCAAAGAGGUGUUUUGGCCGCAUUGUGGGUGGCUGUGUCUCUAAACCUCACUCUUGGCCCUGGCAGAUCAGUCUCCGCACCCGGCUUGGAAUCCAUUUCUGUGGCGGGACGCUGAUUCAUCCUCAGUGGGUGCUCACGGCCACUCACUGCCUGGAGAGGUCAAAGCGCCCUUCAGAUUAUAAAGUGGUGUUGGGGAUCCACACAGAGCGUGCCUUAGAGCUGUCCAAACAGGAACGCAUGCUGACCAAGAUAGUCCUGGAGCCUGGAGGUGCAGACAUCGCCCUCCUCAAGCUGGAGAGCCCUGCAUUAAUAAAUGACAAAGUCAUGCUAGCCUGCCUGCCCGAUAAAGACUACAUCGUUCCGAGUAGAACGGAGUGCUAUGUAACUGGAUGGGGUGAGACUCAAGACACUGGAGGCGAGGGUGUGCUGAAGGAGACCGGCUUCCCUGUGAUUGAGAAUAAGAUCUGUAACCGCCCAUCGUACCUGAACGGACGCGUCAAAGACCAUGAGAUGUGUGCAGGAAAUAUAGAGGGAGGCUCAGACAGCUGCCAGGGCGACAGUGGAGGUCCCCUGGUUUGUUAUGCCCAGAACAGGUAUAUUCUUCAGGGUGUGACCUCGUGGGGCUUGGGCUGUGCUAACCCAAUGAAACCUGGAGUGUACGCACGAGUGUCCAAGUUUGUCGACUGGAUAGAAAGAACCAUCAAGACAAAUUAAAAUAAAACAACUGGCACGCUACUUUUAGAAUACAUAGGACUUUAACACAGAUUGCUGUUAUAUAAAAGUAUUUGUUUCUGUUACUCAGUCAAAGUCAAUAAAUAAACUGUGGUGAA